UCUACUAUGCGACUCUUGUAUUCAUGUACCAGAAGCAUGUCGAUACUGGUCUCCUAUGUUAUCUGCAAUCAGAUCAGACACAGGGAAUUAUGGCUAGAAGAUCUGACCUGGUUGGUCUAAUCAUGCAACGUAAUGAACUUGCAAAUGAUAUCCUCAAGGGGUCACGAACACAACUACUGCCCCCAAUGUUACGGUGUCAGCAUUUGCGGAAGUUGUCGCCAUCUAAAUGUUUGUACUGUCUAUCACAAGGCCUCUGAAGAAAUUGACUGAUGGAGAACCUUAGUUCUACUUUAUGUUUCAAUGCAACCCUUCUUCAACAAAAGAUGUAGAUUGCACACUGAGAUGUGGUGAUUUUGUGGCGCUUCCUGUAAACUGUCACUGCCUAACAAUAUUUCAACAAAAAGGAAAAUCAAAGCCUCUUCUGCCCUAAUGCCUUCCCUCCCACAAUCACUGGAGGUUUGAAUUCUUUUUCUUUCCUGGAUGGAAUU